AUUAUCAAUCGGCCCGUGCCAGUAUGUAUACAGCGACCGCGCUGUUCAGCCGCUGUUUACGAAUUAUCAGUUGACACAAAGCUUCGAUAUUGACAAUCUUCAAGUCCGAGUAUCAGAGGAUCCAGCUACCUUCAUCUUUCUCUAAUGUGAUCACAAGAUGGGUGGAACCGACCGACAUGACGUCAAGUAUGGCGAUGGCAGCGGCCCGUCGGAGAAAGCCGAUCCGGCGGCCGAUGCCGAAGUUGGCAACUUAGCUGACGCAUUUAUCCAGUACAUCAAGAAAAAAUAUGGUGGACACAAGCGUCUCCCUCCAGACGUUGCGUCCCUUGCCAAACUCUGCCGCGAGGAGGCAAGUAAACCGGUUGCAUCACCUAAGAAACGGAAGAAUACAUGUUUGCUGAGAGAUCCAGAAUACAAAGCAAAAAAGGAAAAAGUAGAUGAACUUAAGUCUCAAUUGUCAGAGGGUAGGAGAGAAUUCCGUGAUUUCGUAGUCUCUGAACAGGUAAAGAAACGAACAGAACUCAUAGAUAGACAUCAGCGUCGUCUGCAAAACAAUAUAAAAAAACUUGAGGAUUACGCAAACAAGAACAACAUCGACGUUGACAAAAAUUUUUCAGAUUUGAAAAUACAUAUAACUAAAUCAAAAGAGGGUAAAGAUAUUGAACAAAAUGAAGAAAAUGAACCCGACUUGAUAAAACAACAAUCUGAAAAGAAAAUUAGAGAUGCACAAGAGCAUCAAGCUAAUGAAGAAAAAAGAAUACAACGUGAAAUUGAAAUAAUUAAGAAACGAGAAGAAGAAAUUAUUCGCAUUUUAAAAGAUCUUCAGGAAAAAAUUGAUAAAAAAUUGUUGAAGGAAAAAGAGCGUCACGCUAUCAAAAAACGAGCGUGGCGUAAACAAAGUUACCAACUUAAGCAAAAAUAUAUAACGGCAAGUUCUGAACUAAACAAAAAGCUAGAGAUUUUUUUAAGAACUGAAGAUGAAAAGAAAAAAGAAAUUAACGAAAAAAUUACGAGUCUUCAUCAAAAAGAAACACAGGAGAGAGAGAGUAUGGCAAAAAGAAUUGAACAAUUGCAAAAAAAAUGCGAUAAUAAAAAGAUAGAAUUCGAAAAGAACAUGUCAAUUUUACAAUACCAGGAGAAUGAAAUGAAAAGUAAAAUAAAUAAGGAAAUACGUAAUAUGGAGCUUCAUGAAGAAAAAAAAGAAGAAGAAAUAAAGAAAAAUAUUGAGGAUUUAAAAAACUAUUUAACUCAAAAUAAAAAAGAAUUUAACAAAAAUAUACAAAACAUGAAUCAACGUUUGGUAGCGGAGGAUAGUAGAACAAGAAAAGAAAUAGAAAACAAUAAAACACGUGAAGCGAAAGUCCGAAUUGAUAUGGAAAAUAAAAUUAAAGACUUUCAAAACCAACUAGCUGAAGCUGAAACUCAAGCUAAGCUAAAUAUCGAGAGAAUGCAACGAGAGGCAGAUGAGCAGGAGAAGGUAUUUUAUCUUCAAAUACAGGAAUUAGAAGCAAAAGAAAAGAACAUUAACACAGAGACAGAGAAGAAAAUUCGUCAUCUAAAAAAGACAUAUCGAGAUAAAAUAAUAACAGUGCAACAAAAUGAAAAAUAUGCGCAACAAAUCUUAGAAGAAAACAUGCUAAUUUUACAACAAGAAGAGUCGGAUAUAAAAAUAGAAAGUGAUAAGAAAUUGUUUAUAUUGGAAAACAAGUUUGCUAUAGCCCGAACAGAACUUAAUAAAAGAAUUGAAUUGUUGAAAAUGGAUGAAACUGAAAAGGAGCAGUUAUUAAAAACUGAAAUUGAGCGUUUGCAAGAUAUUGAAAAAGAAUCAAAGGAUAAAAUUAAAUUAUUGGAAGAUCAGUUAUAUAAAAUUCAGAAAGAAGAAAAAAUAAGUGUUAAGUUGAUAGCUGAACGUCAAAAAGUAAUAAAAAAUGCUAUUGAAGCUCAAAAACAUAAGAAUAAUAUCAUGAACCAAAGUAUCAAUAAUUUAGAAAUUACACUAAUUAAGCUAAAAUCAGACGUGGAGGAAAGCCGUGAGAAAAUAAAACGAAGAGAACAAGAAAUUCAAACAAAGAAAAACAUUGAGAUACAAAAGAAACAAGAACUAGACAAUAUCAUUAAAACAUUAGAAGAUGAGUUAACUGCAUAUAGAGUUCAAUUUGAUGAAAGUAUGAAAACGAUGCAAAUGCAAGAAGCUAUAAAAACCAGGGAACUCCAAACUGAAAUUGAAAGCAUGAGAGAAAGUAAAAGUCAAAAAGAAGAUAUUCACAGAAGGAAUCUGAAACAACUGCAAAUGUCACUGGAUAAUCAAAGGGAACAACUGAAGAGGGAAAUCGAGGCUUUGCAACAGAUUGAGGCUGCAAAGACCCACAAGAUUGAAAACGAUAUACAAAACCUCCAAGCUACUAAAGAAAGAGUGCGCGCUGAGACCGAGAAUAAUAUCGCUGCACUUCAAAAAAAAGAAGCGCAGAGAAGAAUGGAAAUAGAAAGAGAGAUACAAAGCCUCCAAAAACACGAGAAGAGAGUACGUGCUGAGACACAUAGCAAUAUCGAUGCACUACGACAAUAUGAAACGCAAAAAAGAAUAGAAAUUGAAAACGAGAUACAGAGACUCCGAGAAGAUGAGGAGAGAGUACGCGCCGAGGCCAACAGUAACAUCGCUACACUGCUGCAAGCUAAAUCUGAUGCCCAACAGAGUAUAACUCAACUGGAAAAAUAUUAUGCUGAGACAAAACAAGUACACGAAGCAGAUAUUGAGGACUUGACACGACAAGAAGCUAAGGAAAGAGCUAUUAUUGAGGAGAAUAUUAAAGCGUUGCAAGAUGACUUGGCUUCGAGACAAGAAGAGUUUGAAAUUAUCAUGGACUCUCUGCAACAAGAAGAGGACCGAACAAGGGGAGAAAUCGAAGCUGAAAUUGAAAAACUGGACGAUGCUGAGACCAACAGGAGAGAAGAACACAAUAAAAUUAUUGAUGAUCUAAAGCGUGAUUUUCUUGAAAAAAAAUCUCAAGUAGAGUCUGAAAUUCGAAGGAUAAGUGAAAUUGAAGUUCAGACAAAAGAAAAUAUAGAGAGACACAUACAAGCUAUGGAAGCUAUACUAGCUGGUACCAGAAAGAGGUAGUGCAGUAAGCAGAUAUUACGACCAAAUACAUCCUACGAAACAAGCUACUUUAUUUUAAUGAUGAAUGGAGCUCCAUGCACUGGUGCGCGCUCCAGUAAUAUAUUUUUAAAAUACAUUUAUUUUGUUUUUGAGAGCCAUUCUCACGGCCCAAGGGACUGUAUUAUAUAUGUUACAGUCAUAGUGAUUAAAUAGCAAUUAUUCAUAAUAACUGGUAAUUGUAAUAAGUGCCAAAUUCACUAAAAAAUGUAAAAAAAUAAUCACUUUAUCUAGACAUUAUUCAUAAUCAGGAGUCUAAGUUAGUCAAAGUAAUAAUACAUGUGUAACUCAAAAUGUCAUAAGAGCCUUACUUGUAAGAAUAACUUGUAAGAAUAAAAAUUAGUCUUUAAGAUCAAAUACUAAUUUGUUUUGGCAUAAAUUUGAUUCGCAUGACGUUAGUAGGCCUUUUUUUUUGGUGACGGUGGGAAACCUUCAAAAGGCGUCUAGCUUUUUGGGGAUAAAAGACUAGGGAGUGUGGGAUUUUUACCUCACUAAAACCACCCCGUGGCCACCCUCAACACCUGUAAGGUGCACGGUGCAACGCCUGUUACGGCACUUCCCUAGGGAGACGUUGUGUCUCCCACGAACCUUGCUGUGCAAGUUGCACGGCAGCACGUGACCACUGUGCCACCGUCUUCCCUGAGGUCACUGGGUAGGCGCCUAGAGUCCCCACUCUAUGCGCCCGUGGCCCCAAAGACGUUAGUAAGCCUACUGACUAAUGACUUAUGCAGGAAAUGGUGGUGGUGAUAUUGUUUAUUUGUAAAGGACAUACUAUAGUCAGUACGAUAUGUGCUAUAAGUUACUGAACUAUGUGCUGUAUUCACUCUGUAUUGUAGAGAUAUAUAUUCUGUACAUCAUGUAUUAGCAUGUCUCACGCCUAGUGACACUUUACUGGAUCUGUACCUCUGCUAUAAUUAGUUUGUACCGACCCAUUUACAAAUAUAGCAAUUUAAAUUAUGUAUGUCAUUUUUUUAUAUUGUUUUUCUCAUAAUUAUAAUAUAUUCCUUAUGAA